GAACCCAUGCGUUUAACAUGCUCCGAGCGACUUUCUCUCAAGCGCCAUUGGUACUCUUUCAAUCUUGAAGCCAGCAAUGUCCGCUCAAAAUCAGUCAUUAAACCCGUCGAUACAGAGCCCAGCCGCCGCCGGAGAUGACGGAUUGGUCGAGAACUUGGACACCGAUUACGAUGUUCAGUCUCUUGAAGACGGCGGUGUAGGCGGCUUGGCCACCUUCGAAGUCUCCAAUCCAGCCGACGGAAUAUAUGGCGGUGGCGGUGAAGGCUCCAACGUGGCUGUUCCAUGCGCCGCCGACGGUAAUGACCAGGUUGCUCUCUCGUUCCGAGGCCGGGUGUUUGUGUUCGAUGGCGUUACCGCUGAAAAGGUCCAAGCGGUGCUUUUACUUUUGGGUGGAUGUGAAUUGGAUCCUGGCCUUUUAGGUGUUGAUACUGUGUAUCAAAGACAGGGGGCUUUGAUGGGCAAUACCCCAUGGUGCAGUGAUCCAAAGAGAGCAGAGUCUCUGAAUAGGUUUCGUCAAAAGAGGAAAAAGAGGUGUUUUGAGAAGAAAAUUAGAUAUAAUGUCCGGCAAGAAGUUGCAUUCAGGAUGCAGCGCAGGAAGGGUCAAUUUACUUCAAGAAAUUCUGAGAAAUCUAUUACUAUGGAUGCCACACGGGAAUCUGGAAAGGAGGAAAAAGAACAAGAUACUUUGUGCACACAUUGUGGCACCAGUUCAAAGACUACGCCAAUGAUGCGGCGAGGGCCAGCUGGUCCGAGAACCCUUUGCAAUGCAUGUGGGCUGUUUUGGGUAAACAAGGGGACCAUGCGAGAUAUUUCCAAGACAUUCCGAGGCAAUUCUAUAACCCCAACUGGAGAGGACGAAGAUGAUAGUGAGUCUGAUUACGGAAUCCCCAUUUUUCGAUGUGCUAAUCAUGCUUGAAAUGUGACAGCCUUGCUGCGCAGUAAGAGGAGGAACAACUUUAUGCUGAUUCCUGCUGACUGACUAUAUCGUAGUAAUUGUAUAGAUAUCUUUUGUAAGCUUUGGAAGUAAGUAUAGUCCAAAUUACACAGCUGACACCUAGAAAUGUUGAAAGGGUAAACAGAUUCUUCUCUAACCACAUAGUGGUCGGUAGUCGAGGAGUAUCUUAUGUUUUAAAAGUUCUAUAAUUUGAUGAUCUUCUCAGUGGUGAUAUAGCUUUUACGUUGAUGUCUUGAUGAUUGGACGUGUCGAAAACUCGAUAAAUCUUUGUAGCUGGAUUGCAUUAUAUUUUACAAGAAAUUUGGAUGAGA